AUGGCCGGUACAAUUUCCGAUGUCCGCGAAAUGAGCGGGUCAGAUAUGAUCUCGGCUCUCCAUCUUGCCCAACAAGCACCGGUCAUCCUGGGACCGGAGUCCGGGUCCACCUCUGCGACCGAUACUGCAGCUUAUUAUGCCCGCAUCGAGCAACUCAUGCUGGCUUGUCUCCGAACCGGUGAUGACCAGUCAGCACACACCUGUCUGAAUCGCUUGAGCCUGCGAUUCGGACCCUCCAAUGAAAGGAUCAUGGGACUUCGCGGCCUGUACGAGGAGGCAACUGCCAAGGAUCAGGCUGCGCUUGAGAAAUGCCUGCAGGAAUACGAUCAUACCUUGUCACAAAGCCCCGUGAAUGUGCCUAUUCUGAAGCGCCGAGUUGCGCUGCUGCGCUCGCUCAACCGGCCCACCGAUGCGAUCUCCGCUCUCAUCCAGCUUUUGGAUGCGAUUCCUACCGACGCCGAGGCCUGGUGUGAACUUGCCGAUCUCUAUCAGACCCAGGGAUUGGGUGCCCAGGCUAUCUUCAGCCUAGAGGAGGCUCUGCUUAUUGCGCCCAACUCGUGGAAUAUCCAUGCCCGGCUCGGGGAGCUGUUAUACAUCACGUCCACAGAUGGUGAUGCGCCCCGACUUCUUGGGAAGUCCGUUCAGCACUUCAGUCGUAGUAUUGAACUGUGCGAUGACUACCUCCGCGGUUUCUACGGGUUGACUUUGGCCUCGACUCGAAUGCUUGAGAAUAAUUACGGUCAACCCCAGACGUUGGAACGGUUAAAGGCAUUUGCGCUUCACCAGUUAGGGGAGAUUGUGAAAACACGAUCUGUCGAUGACCAGCAUUGGGCAUCGAGUCGCAGUGAACUGAUUGCUGCCAAGGAGUUGUUGAAUCGAUUUCCGUUGAAAGUGUAG